CACACACACCGACCGCGCGGCUGCGCCAGUUGUGCGCAUGCGCGCAUACUUGAACAUGCAGAGAGGGUGAGGGGCGGGAUGGGGCUGGACUUCCGCAUUGACCGCCCCACGUACGCUUGUGUGUGUGUGUGUGUGUCGCUUGUCCCUGCCAGUGUUCUGGUCUUGCAGUAAACUGCAGAGGUAGCACCUAACGAAUGGCUGACAUCAAAGGCCUCCAGCAGCGCUACGGCCUGACGGACGCUGAACUCGGUCGAUACUUGUAUCAUUCAACUCGUCUAUUCUGGCUACCAGUUCCCCAACAUGGGGUGACGACGAUAUGAUGACAUUGUAGUAGAGAAUGACUCCAUUGGGAGGAACUGGAGGAGACCAGCUCAACACUCCAUCCUCUCCCACCA